GGGUUGCCUCCUUUCAGAAACGAAAAUAAGGGAUGCCACCACCCUGUGUUUUGUUAGUGGGAGGGAGAAAAGCUGGACGCUCAACUGCGUCGCGCCCACAACAUUUAAAGUUGAUAUCCGAGCGACUUGUCUAUUCAUGAAAAUACGGAAUAAAUUGCGUCCCUUACCCGUUAAAUACGGGACGCAUGAUUUAACUGCCAAAUACGGGACGAUUCCGUAUUUCAAGGGAUGGGUGGCUUAUUUGUGUGUUGCUAUGACGAUGGAGUUGAGUGAUGUUGCUGCUGGUGCACAGAGAUAGGAAGGCUGAUACAAAGACAGGAUGUUGUGGUUAAUUUUUACUAUAAUUACAUUAUUAAUAUUAUUAUUAUUAUUAUUAUUAUUAUUAUUAUUAUUAUUAUUAAAGGUCCAUGCCGUGCUUUGGGACAAUGCAAGCAAUAUGAAGAAGGCAAUGAGGGACCUGGGAGUCUCCAGUCUGAGAUGUUUCUCGCACAUGAUUCAACUCGUGGUGCACGAUGGACUGCUGUCCCAGAAAAUGUGAGCGAUGCGCUGGCCAGUGGGAGAAAAAUAAUUGGGCACUUCAAACAUUCCCCAUUGGCCACAUCAAGACUUGAAACUGUCCAGACGGGACUGGGAAUCCCAGUCAAACGUCUGAUCCAAGAUGUUCCCACCCGCUGGAACAGCACCUUUUAUAUGACUGCGAGCCUGCUGGAGCAAAAGAGUGACUCUAUGCUGCAGACCACCAGCUCCCAGCAACACUGACAGCAAGUCACUGGACCUUGCUGGAGAAAAUCAACACUAUUCUGGCUCCAUUUGAAGAGAUCACAAAACAGAUCAGCGUCGCCACCUCCACCACCUCCACCACCUCAGAGGUCAUCCCCUCAGUGGUCGUCCUGAAGCGUCUGUUGGCCAAACAGACCACAGAGGACAGCGGGAUAAAGACAAUGAAGGCGACACUUCUAGCAGCUAUGGGCACAAGAUUCCAGACCGUUGAGGCGGAGCCCUUGUACUCUGUUGCAACCAUAUUAGACCCACGUUACAAAGACAGAUACUUCACAAGUGCAGAGAGUAGUAAGCUUGCAAGAAGUGCACUGACCCAAGAGGUGGAGAAAAAUGAGGAGUCCUCACUGCAGACAACCACCACUGAGGCAGCAGACCCAGCCAGUAAGACCCCACGGAUGACAGCAGAGCCCAACGCAAGCAGCUGCUUUAAGGGGCUGUAUGAGGAAUUCCUGCAAGAGCAUGCUGCUGAACAAGGUGGGGCCAGCAGCACAGCUACACAGGUACAGAUAGAGACAUAUCUGGCUGAGAAAACAAUCCACCGCACAGAGAGCCCAUUCGAGUACUGGGGAAAGAAUAAAGAACGGUUCCCCUCCCUGGCUACUACAGCUGCAAAGUUUCUCUCCGCUCCCUCCACCAGCGUAGAUAGUGAGAGGCUUUUCAGCACAGCCUCUAACAUACUUGAUGAGAAGAGGAAUAGGCUGUCAGGAGAUCAUGUAGAAACGCUGAUCUUCCUCAAGACAAAUCUGCCAAUGUACCUGAGCUUGAACCCCAAAGACUUGAAUCCUCAAGAAGACUGAGUAAACACUACUAGGUGUUGUGUGACAGAUCUGUCACUAAUGUGAAUUUAUUUUUUUCCGUUGCUUGUUUUAGUUUGUUCAGUGUGGAUUUUGCAAUUGGAACUUGUUGGGAGGAAACUAGCACUUAAAAUGGUAUUUUAUUUAUUUCUUAUGUCAGUUCUGAUAAAUCCUAUUUGUUCUUACCUCAGAUACUCUUAAUGCAGCUAUCAUUCAAAUAUACCUCAUAUGUAUAUUAUUUCUUAUUUUAAUAUAAUUAUACGUUCUUACUGUUGCACUAGUAUUAUAAAUGUUACAAUUUUAUGAAAGUUGCACUAUUUUGGCAUUUGGGAGCAAAAAUUCAGGGCUUUUAAGAGUUUAUUCUAUUAUUAAUAUAAUUUUAACUUUGUUACUGUUGCACUACUAUUAUACAUGUUAUAAUUUCAAUUUCAUGUUGCACU